AUGGAGGUCUCCCAAGGGGAAGAUGAGGAUUCACCACUGGAGACACAGGAACGACCUAUAACCUCUCCAGAGGAGGCAACAACUAGUGCCGACAGUGGCGAGUCCUAUAGGAACGAGGAUGAGGCGAAACAGUUGCCUCAUAAUAGGAAAUCCCCUAUACCGAUAGUCUCUGUGCUACGAAAAUGUCCCAACCAGUUUAGAGCCUCAAUUCGCACCCGACGUUUUGUAGUUGAUGGCAAAGAGCACACAACCACCUCGAAGAGGGUCUUUCUCGCCGAGGAGUCUGUUCGACCUGUCGAGAAUAGUGCGGCUAGAAUGCGAGCUCUGCGAGAUUUCCGUGAGUUGGCAAAA